AUGGUAGACGUGAUAUUCAACCCGUCCGCUGCGAUUGUCAGGGAUUUCGCCUUCACUGGUAGCCUGGUAACAUACACUCCCAGGUCUUUCUCUGCCUCUGUGGUGGAUAGUGGAGUGUUUCCCAUGUGGUAUUGGUGUGCUGGAUAUCCCCUCACUGGUAGCCUGGUAACAUACACUCCCAGGUCUUUCUCUGCCUCUGUAGUGGAUAGUGGAGUGUUUCCCAUGUGGUAUUGGUGUGCUGGAUAUCCCUUCACUGGUAGCCUGGUAACAUACACUCCCAGGUCUUUCUCUGCCUCUGUGGUGGAUAGUGGAGUGUUUCCCAUGUGGUAUUGGUGUGCUGGAUAUCCCUUCACUGGUAGCCUGGUAACACACACUCCCAGGUCUUUCUCUGCCUCUGUGGUGGAUAGUGGAGUGUUUCCCAUGUGGUAUUGGUGUGCUGGAUAUCCCUUCACUGGUAGCCUGGUAACAUACACUCCCAGGUCUUUCUCUGCCUCUGUGGUGGAUAGUGGAGUGUUUCCCAUGUGGUAUUGGUGUGCUGGAUAUCCCUUCACUGGUAGCCUGGUAACAUACACUCCCAGGUCUUUCUCUGCCUCUGUGGUGGAUAGUGGAGUGUUUCCCAUGUGGUAUUGGUGUGCUGGAUAUCCCUUCACUGGUAGCCUGGUAACAUACACUCCCAGGUCUUUCUCUGCGUCUGUGGUGGAUAGUGGAGUGUUUCCCAUGUGGUAUUGGUGUGCUGGACAUCCCCUCCCAAGAUGCAGGACUUUACAUUUUUCUUCAUUGAAUUGUAGCAGACACUUUUUGGUCCACUCCUGUAGCUUGGUGAUGUCUUCUUGUAGGAAAUCCACAGCCAAGGGGCUAAAAUCAAGAUUGUUUAUAGUGGAAAAAUUAGUUAGUAUAUAUCAUUUAUCAGUUAUUUAUUAG